GAUAAGCGCCUUUUCGCAGUCUAAGCACCAACGUGCCCCAAAUGCUUAAAACAAUUAUCAGCUCAAUAUCCAUUCGGUUUGGUUUAAUUCCGCCGCUUGUACCAUUUUUUUUAGCAUUUACAUAUAUUAUCUACAUUUUAGCAUUGACUAGCACAUUUUCUCGUGUUCAUUUCAGCACGUAGCGACGCGACUACUAUCGGUUCCGUAAGGCAUACUCAAUUCAUCGAUAUACAUCCGAUAAUAUAUUAUAAUUAAUCGAUGCCAAGCAACGUAACAGACAUUUUGAUUGUCCAUCACCAACCAGCUGUUAGCGUCGCAAAUCGAUAAGCGAUAAGUACACAUUGAAUACAGACGAUAAAUAAAAGCAAUAGUUAAUAGAAAAAGAGCCAGCCGCAGGUCGUCAUGCCACGAGGAAAAUACGUUAACCACAAAGGCCGGACCCGCCACUUCACAUCGCCCGAGGAACUGCAGCAGGAGUCCGAGGAUGAGAGCGAACAAUCGACUGGCAGCGAAGAUGAGGGGGAGCAGACGGGAGGAGCCGCCGGCGCCAGCUCAUCCAAACAAACGGCUGCAUCAGGUGCAGCACGCAAACCGGCGAGGACCGCCCAGCGACAAAAGCCGCAGCAACAGCGACAGCAGCGCAGCUCCUCCGACGAGGAGUCCGAUGACGAUGACAGUGAUGAUGAUUCGGAGACAGAAGCACGGGAUGCCAAGAAGGGCGUGGCUGCGCUUAUCGAAAUCGAGAACCCGAACCGUGUGACCAAAAAGGCCACCCAAAAGCUCUCGCAGAUCAAGAUCGACGAUGGACCCAGCAGUGCAACGGGCAGUGGCUCAUCCUCAUCACACAAGCCAGAGCUGUCGCGUCGCGAACGUGAACAGAUUGAAAAGCAAAAGGCGCGCCAGCGCUACGAGAAGCUCCAUGCUGCCGGCAAGACCACCGAGGCGAAGGCGGAUCUCGCACGGCUGGCGCUCAUCCGUCAGCAGCGAGAGGAGGCGGCCGCCAAGCGGGAAGCUGAGAAGAAAGCUGUCGCCGAUCUGGCCAAGAAGCCACUCUCGAAAUAGUCUAGGCGCUCCACAUGACAGCGGGUUUAUGGCAAUCGCAUUCAA